ACUGAUUAUAUGAAUUUAGGAGAGGGAUAAGUGCCUACCUCUCCCAAACCUCAGAAUAACAAGCUAUAAUUGCAUCCCCACCUCUCAUUGUAUGAUUCGAACGGAUUAUUGAGAGUGGACUGGUUUCUUGUAUGGCUUGCUUGAGUUAAUCGUUCUUUGUUUUAGGGUUUUGGGUCGAUUCAGUAAUGGCGAGGGGAAAGUUUGCAAGGUCACAGGGCAAGAAAUGGUCUACCUUGACCUUGGCUUUCUUCAUGCUUUUUAUGCUCUCCAUUGUCCUUCUCAUGCUACUCGCUCUCGGAAUCGUUUCUCUUCCGAUCACCACCGACGAUUCUCCGCCUACUGACCUCAGUGCCUUCAGGCGCAAGAUCUCUGACAGAGGUGACGGCUUGGGAGAAAGGGGGCAGCAGUGGACCGAAGUUCUCUCAUGGGAGCCUAGAGCUUUCAUUUAUCACAAUUUCCUGUCAAAAGAAGAAUGUGAAUACCUCAUUAGUCUUGCCAAACCUUUGAUGGCAAAAUCGACCGUUGUUGAUAGCAAAACUGGACAGAGUAAAGACAGCAGAGUGCGGACUAGUUCAGGAAUGUUUCUGAAGAGAGGACGGGAUAGAAUCAUCCGGAAUAUUGAAAAAAGAAUAGCUGACUUUACCUUCAUACCCGUAGAGAACGGAGAAGGGCUUCAGGUUCUUCACUAUGAAGUUGGGCAGAAAUAUGAGCCUCACUAUGAUUACUUUCUCGAUGAGUUCAACACUAAGAAUGGUGGUCAACGUGUCGCUACUGUUCUUAUGUAUCUGUCAGAUGUUGAAGAAGGUGGGGAGACUGUCUUUCCUGCUGCCAAGGCAAAUUUUAGUUCUGUCCCUUGGUGGGAUGAUUUGUCUGAAUGCGGUAAAAAGGGUCUCUCUGUGAAACCCAAAAUGGGUGAUGCUCUGCUCUUCUGGAGCAUGAGACCAGAUGCCUCACUAGAUCCUUCAAGUUUACAUGGUGGUUGUCCCGUUAUUAGGGGAAACAAAUGGUCUUCAACGAAAUGGAUGCAUCUUGAGGAGUACAAGGUCUAAGACACUACCUGUACGGGUACAUCUUGA